AUGCAAGCUGAAGUGCAAGUGGUUAGAGAUGAUGGUGGGAUCGCAGUCGAAAUUCAAGAAGGAACUCCUAUUUGCUGGGACGAUAUUGGUCUGUCACUAGAAUGCAUGCUGGACGACGAAACUUGGACUCAAGUUGGCUUUCUGGAAUCCGUCUCGAGAGUGGUGGAAGACGAGGAAGAUGUCGGUGAAGAGAUAGAGGAGGAGGAAGAGGAAGAAGAGGUGGAGAAGAAGCCGUCACACACUUGCGAUAAUAUCUCUAAUCUGAGAUUCCUUAUCUUCGACAGCGACGAGCUUGCAAAGUUGCUUGACGAGCAUGCUAUCGAUGUUCUGUUGGCAACGAAGAAAUGCUUUACACAUGAUCUUCCCCGUUCCAAUAUGAUGGAAUGA